AAUUUGGACUGCAGCCUCAAUUCCCGCCCCCGCGCCGGCCAAGUGUAAGAGGGUCGCGCACCCCAAUAAGAGGGAGCCCUGCGAGGCAGGCCACAGCAACUCUCGAAGGGCUCCUGCUCAUUCUGCACCUCUGAAGCCAUAGCAAGCAUGUUUUGGUCCCACUGGAGAUUUGGCUCACUUGGUAGUAACACAAAAUUCCUGAAGACAGUUUAUUCUUCAACAAUCCUUGGACGCCCUACUUCUGCUAAAAUGUCUUCAAAAUUCAAAAACACAAAACGAAUUGAAGGACUUGAUGGAAAUGUAUGGACUGAAUUUACCAAGUUGGCUGCAGACCCCUCUGUUGUGAAUUUAGGCCAAGGGCUUCCAGAUAUUUCCCCUCCUGUAUAUAUAAAGGAAGAAUUAUCAAAGAUCGCAGCAAUUGAUUGCCAGAAUCAGUAUACACGUGGCUUUGGUCAUCCAUCACUUGUGAAAGCUUUGUCUUCCCUGUAUGGAAAGUUUUAUAAAAAUCAAAUCGAUCCAAAUAAAGAAAUCCUUGUGACUGUAGGAGCAUAUGGAUCUCUGUUUAGCACCAUUCAAGGAUUAAUUGAUAUAGGAGAUGAAGUCAUAAUAAUAGUGCCUUUCUAUGACUGCUAUGAGCCCAUGGUGAGAAUGGCUGGAGCCAAACCUGUUUUUGUUCCUCUCAGAUCUAAAUCUGUUGCUGGGAAAAAACGAUCUAGCUCUGACUGGAAAAUAGAUCCUAAAGAACUGGAAAGUAAAUUUAAUUCCAAAACCAAAGCGAUUAUCCUAAAUACUCCACAUAACCCCAUUGGCAAGGUGUAUACCAAAGAGGAACUCCAAGUAAUUGCUGACCUUUGCAUCAAAUAUGACACACUCUGCAUCAGUGAUGAGGUGUAUGAAUGGCUUGUAUAUACUGGACAUAAGCAUUUAAAAAUAGCCUCUCUUCCAGGUAUGUGGGAGAGAACAAUCACAAUAGGAAGUGCUGGAAAGACUUUCACUGUUACAGGCUGGAAGCUUGGAUGGUCCAUUGGUCCUCAUCAUCUGAUAAAACAUUUACAAACAGUUCAACAAAAUACCAUUUAUACUUGUGCAACUCCUUUACAGGAAGCCUUGGCUCAAGCCUUUUGGAUUGACAUCAAACGCAUGAAUGAUCCAGAGUGCUACUUUAAUACUCUGCCUAAAAUGUUAGAAGUAAAAAGAGAUCGGAUGGUGCAUUUACUUGAAAGUGUGGGCCUGACCCCCAUAAUUCCUGAUGGAGGCUACUUCAUCAUUGCUGAUGUUUCUUCACUAGAUGCAGACCUCUCUGAUAUGAAGAGCAAUGAGCCUUAUGACUAUAAGUUUGUGAAGUGGAUGAUUAAAAAUAAGAAAUUGUCGGCCAUCCCAGUUUCAGCAUUCUGUAACUCAGAGAACAAAUCACAGUUUGAGAAGUUUGUGCGAUUUUGCUUCAUUAAGAAAGACAGUACACUGGACGCCGCUGAAGAAAUCAUCAAGGCUUGGAGUAGGAAGUCUUAAUCCAUCCACACCAACAGUGUAGCACUAAUGCUCAGUGCUGCCACCUGCUGGAUCCUGAGAGAAAACAUUUCCAUACAAAUGAAAUUGAAACUUCCAUUAUUUUUCCAGUGAAGAUCACACCACCAUUCAUAGUACUCAGGGAAUUUGAUUUCUGUGUGUCACUUGCUAUAUAGCAUAGUGAAUAAGAACUGUGAGAUGCUGAUUACUGCUUGAUUUCAGUUUCUUAAUUCUAACCAGGGUAUAAAAAUAGCACUUUAUAUUUUGUGGGGUGUUUGUCAGAAAUGACAUGGGCUGAUAAUAUGGGCUGGCAAUCAAUAAACACUCAACUGAUGUUAACUAGCUUCUGUUCUCUACCAUUUUGUAAAACCUCUUAAGCCAGUUUACAUUCCCUCCACCUCCCUAUCUUUGCUCUUCUGCCCACCUGUUUCCUCUCUCUUCAUGUAGGUAUGACUCUGAACUCUGUCCACCGUUCUGCCUCUUUCUCUUCCAAGAACAUUAUCAUCUCAGAUGACUUCAGGUUCCGCAUGGAUUACCUUGUCUCUGGGAACCUUGACCUCCUUACAUCUGGUGAGAUUCACCUCCACUUAACUGUCCAUUUCAACCACCCACUCCCUUGGGAACUCUUUGAACUUUUUAAGCCUAGUCCAUCAUUGAAAUAAUAAAUUAGUCAUCUCAAACUUUAAUUGUCUACUCUUAACAACAUUCUAUCUCUUUUUCCUUUUUUGCUCCUCUCAAAAUAUCACUUUGGGACUGAAGAGAUAGCACAGCGGGUAGGGCCCGCUUGUGGCCGACCCAGGUACGAUUCCCAGCAUCCCAUAUGGUCCCCCGAGCACCACCAGGAGUGAUUCCUGAGUGCAUGAGCCAGGAGUAACCCCUGUGCAUCGCUGGGUGUGACCCAAAAAGAAAAAAAAUCACUUCUUUAAACUUACUGUAAUUCUGUUUAGUCAUAUCUAUCACUAAAAAAAAAUUGACCCAUAACCCUAUUCCAUUAGAAAAUGGAUUUUGCUCUUCACACCACACCUAUUCUAUAGUAAUUGUAAGAUCUGGCAUUUUCCCAGUAAUUGUUUGCUUGAUUGGUUUUAGGGGCCAUACCUGGCAACAUUUAGACAAGCUCUGGCCACAUGCAAGGCAAGUGCCUUAGACCCUAUCCUCUCUCCAGCCCCUCCAGUUGAUGUCUAACACCUCUAAAGUCUGACAGUACUGCUCUAGUCUGAGAAUCCUUAAUUCAUUUCUAUUAGUCUCCACAUAUAUUCAUUCUCUUCCUCAUCUAAGUUAGAUUUCAUAGUCCAUCACUUACUUCAGCCAAGAUAUUUUUGCUGCCUGAAAAUUUGGGGGUUUUUUGUUUUGGGUUUCUGUUGUUGUUAGCUUUUGGAGUCACACCCAGCGAUGCUCAGGGGUUACUCCUGGCUCUACACUCAGGAAUCACUCAUGGUGGUGCUUGGGGGACCAUAUGGGAAGCCAGGGAUUGAACUCAGCUACAUGCAAGACAGAUGUUCUCCCUGCUGUCCUAUCGCUUAGGCCCUGCUGCCUGAAAUUUCUUGUUCAUUGUCCUUUCUCACCAAAGGAGGGAAAGGAGAACAAAGUGUGAAUAUUGGGCAGAUUCUAACAACCAUGAAUGUAUAUCACUGACCUUAACUAGACUUAAUUCUUCUCUGAUCCUCUAAUAAGCUUUUUCUACCUUUUACCGUAUAACAACUAACAUUUUCACACUUCCCAUAUAAAAGAGCAGCCUUCUCAGACCUCAGUCACAGCAAAUGACAUCAACUUCUACUUCUCUGAAAAAAAAAACAAAACCUAUUAAACAGUUCUCUCAUCUGAGAUUCUACUAAUAAACCUAUGACUUAGCUGCAUCAGCAUCCAUCCUUAAGUUCUUCCUGGGAGUGGUGGCAGAGUGGAGGAGGGCUGAUGGCUAAACAGAACCUCCUCCAGCCCUGCAGGUGAACAGUGACCUCACGAGCCAGCUAUUGCACAGCGCUGUAGUUCCCAUGUAAAAUCCUUGGUCUGUUCACUGCUGUGCAGGUUUCUGUGCUAAUCCCACAAACUGUGCUCUGGGUCUCAUUUCUUUUCACAUUCUUAAGGGACUGCCUCAAUUCAUCCUAUCUCUUCAGCCUCUCUGACUCCCUUCCUUAGCAGGAUGACAAAUUCCGAUUCCUGCCAUUUUAGAAAAUAUUUCCUCAGAUCUUAUAUGUCUUUGCUUCCAGGCAACAAAGGAAAAAAAAAAAAUUUUUUUUUUCAAAAAGUUUCUCUCUUCCAAACUCCCUUUCUCCUUUUCUUUUUCAAACAAAUAUUCAUUGAAAUCCUGUAAUGUGCCAGGCCACAGCACUGCUCUAAGCUGUUCAGAUAUAUCAGUAAGCAUAAAAGUCUCUGUAUCCCGGCGCUUUCCUUCUGGGGAAAGAAAUUACAUAAUGAGUGUAGUGAAAUAUGUAUUAAACUUAUACAUGAUAAUUGUGUAAAGAAAAGAAGUAGGAUCAGAGAGAGCAAUAGUAUAGUGGGUAGGGUGCUUGCCUUGCACAUAGCUGACCUGGGUUCAAUCCCUGGCACCCCAUAAAUUCUCCUGAGAGCACCAGGAGUAAACCCUGAGCACCACUACAUAUGGCCCAAAGAGGAAAAAAAAAAAAAAAAGGAGUAGGAUAAAGAGGAAUAAAAAAUUUUAAAGAACCCUGGAGAGUAAUUAAAGGGUAUUAAGAGACUUGAGAUAUUUUGCUUACUCACUUCCUCCAUUCUCCACUCUGUCCCUUCUUUCAAGUUAUGUAGUUGUGUGGAUUUGACCUUGGGUUGGCCUAAAUUAUUUGGCAUGUCCAAUUCCCUUCGCUACACCAGUAGUUCAUGCAGCAACAAGCAAAAGAGUAAAAGCCUACAUGAUAAGAAUGGCAGAGCAGAAACUGGUAAGCCAGAGGCAAUUUGGAGUCACUAUACUUACCCUAGACUUUGUAAUGCAUGAAGAGAAAAAAAAUCCUUAUUUAAACUGCAGUCGUAGAGUUUCCUAUUAUUACAGAUGAGUGAAUCUUUACAUAAUAUAGAGGACAUGGUACAAAGGUCAUUUUUUUCUAGUUGAAUCAACCUGAUGUAUAAAUGUUGACUCAGAAAGAGUGAGAGAGAGAGAGAAGAGAGAAAGAGAGAGAGAGACAAACAUUAGGAGGCUACUCGAGCUGAGGUAAAUGAUGGUAAGGGUCUGAAAAUGUUACUGGAUAAGAGAAGGGCAAAUAUCACAAAUAUUGGCAUAUUUGUGAUAUAUCACAACUCUUUCCCAUUAUCCUGUGGUUAUAAUAUGUAACAAAUUACCAAAUAUUUUUAAUUAAAACCAUUCCCAAGUUUAAGAAAAUGUAGUCUCUUUGGUCUCAGUUGAAUAAUUCCAAGAUUAAAACAAAACAAAAAAUUCAGCCACAUUCCUGAGUCAUGAGUAGUCUCAUUUUAUUGCUACUCUGAGAAUAUAUCUAAUUACACAAUCAUGCCAAUUAAAGGGGAAGUUCACCAGCUGAUAAACAGUUAUCUUGGGAUGUAUCAGAAUAAACUGUACAAAUAAUUGGAUUUUCUAAUCAAUAUUAACUUCACCGUAUCAUGCAACUGCUACUUACUUUUUUACAUUUAGAUUCACCCAUUUCCUUAUAUAUAAAACUCACAAAGGGCAAAAUGUCUGGUUAGAAAAUACAUAAUAAUUUUGUCCUUUUGUCUCUGAGAAUAGUUAACUUGUCUUAAUAUCCUGGAGUUUUGUCUUUAUAAACUCUUCUUAUCACUCUCAUUAAUUAUCCACUGCUAGUAUAGACAUAUUUUUUGGCUGGAGAAAUAAUACAGGUGGUAGAGCACUUACCUUGCAUGGUACCCUACCCGAGUUGAACCCCAACAUCCCAUAUGGUCCCCUAGCACUACUAAAAGCAGUUCCUGAGUGCCGAGCCAAGAAUAACCCCUGAGCAUUGCCAGGUGUGGCCAACAAACAAAGGCAUAAACAUUUUAGCUGAAACCUAGAGCUAUACUUCUAACACCAUUGCUCCAUUUGCUGUAUAAAUUCCUGAGAUGAAUCAUUAUAAACACUGCUCUUAUAAUUAUCUUGAAGAAAUCUUCUGACCAAUACAUGCAUAAAAAGUAAAAUUCUUGACAGUUGUUCCAUUUUACAAGAUAUUUUCCCCUCUGGACUGUACUCCUCCUGAUGGAACAGAGUUGGCCCCUUCCAUCAUGACACGUUCCCAUUUCAGAGGAAUGUUGGAGCAUGGUGUGAAUUCCCUCCAUGGCUCUCCACUUCCAGUAGAACCAAUGUCCUCACUUAGGCCCUUUGAGCUCCUGCAUGACUUGACUAUGUUCUCUAACCUCAUCAACUACUCCCCUUCCUUCUUUGUACUCCUUCCCUUCUUCCCUCUAUGGACUCAUUUUUGUCCAUCCUUAAACACCAGGCAUGGUGAACUGAGACUAAACUCCAACUUAGGAAACAGGGUUGUUCUUUAACACAGAGGAAGAAUCUAUACCCAAAGCAUAGGAAAAGCCUGAAUAGGAAUGGAGGGUGGUGGGUAGCCUUAGGAUCUGGUCUGGUGGUAAAUUGUGACAAAACUACCAUUUUUU